AUGAGUACACAACGAAUGCAACAAAUAACUGAAAAUCGUGAGAGGCUCAAACCAAUUAUAGAGUGUAUUAUAUUUUUGGGACGCCAAAAUUUAGCAUUCAGAGGACACCGUGAUCAAGGUAAAUUAAAUACAAAUAUUGAUUUAUUGCCAACCAAUGAAGGUAAUUUUAGGCAAUUACUAAAAUUCAAAAUAGCUUCUUGGGAUAAAGUAUUAGAAAAACAUUUACAAACAACUAGUGCUAAAGCUACUUAUAUUUCUCACACUACACAGGAACAGUUAAUUGAGUGUUGUAAAGAAGAAAUAUUGUCACAUAUUUUAAAUAAUGUUAAGGAAUCUUGCUACUACAGUAUUAUAUUUGACGAAACAACUGAUAUUUCCCAUAUUUCACAACUAAGUUUGUCUUUGAGAUUUGUUGAUAAAACUAAUAAUGUUCAUGAACAGUUUAUUGGUUUUAUAAAUUGUCAUGAUUAUGUUUAUGAUAAACUUACAGAAGAUAAUGUAGAACCAAAAUUAACUGGUAUUGUAUUGGGAAAUGCUGUUGUAUCAAUCAUGAAAGACGUGUCGUUAGACUUAAAUAACUGUGUAGGGAUUGGAACCGACGGGUGCUCAGUCAUGACAUCUGUAGCACGUGGAGCAGUUGCUGAAAUUCAGAAAAGCUGUCCCAAUGCUGUUUACAGUCCAUGUUCAAACCAUGCAUUGAACAUGAGCAUCUCAAAGUCAUCUAAUGUACAGUUAGUUAGAAACACUAUGGGCAUCAUAAAAGAAGUUCUAUCUUUUUUUAAUACAUCUUCUAAAAGAAGUUUUGUUUUAAAAAAUUGCCUUAAAGGCUUUAAACGCUCUAUUACUGGAUUAUGCGAAACACGAUGGGUCGAACGGCAUGAGURURUUUUUGAAUUUCAAAUGUACUUAUCAGGAAUUAUUGACAGUUUGACUUAUAUAUCUGAAUGGACUAAUCAAACUUCAUCGUCAAAAGCAAAGACACUAUUACAUGCAAUUUCUACAUGUGAAUUUGUGUUAACUUUAUAUACAAUAUCAAAUAUUUUGAGCGUUACAGCAGCAGCAAGUAGAGUUUUCAAGGAGUGGCACAAGAUAUUGCUACUGCUGAUAAUUGUAUAA